AUGUUACAGGGUGAUCAUGAUUGUAUGCUAUACUUGAACAAACCUUUUCGCCUGGUUGCAAGAGAUAGAGUAUAUCAUACAGUGGCUGGAGACUCCUUACAUAAUAUGGCUCUUCUUCCAGAGCAUGGUAAGGUUUCUAUAGAGGUAGUGCAACGACAUGAGGAGGACUUUGCACUGCCUAUCCCAAAUGAACAAGCAAACCUGUAUUCCCUGAGAGAUGUCAUUGGUAAAGGGUUAGGGAAAGAGACAGGGUACUCAAAAGAGUCUAUUGUUGGUCCAUCCAAUAAAGGUAGCACUGAUUGUGUGUCAUCAGAGAUUCUGAAGUUGGCAGAAGCCCAAGGUGCUGCAUGCUUGGAUAUGAUGAAGCUGUUUGUGAGAAGUGAUCAAGUCAUUGAUACAGCUACAAUUCAACUGACAAGUGAACACUGCGGUAAAGAGUUUUGUGACAUUGUGGGGAAGGAAAACAUCAUAGAGGUCAUAUGUCGACAUUGGUUAAGUGCCUCUAGCAUUAACCUUUACAUACAAUUCUCAUUUAUAUCUCUGUAUGAAAUGGACGAAGCGCUUAAUCCGAACCCACAUCAACAUAUAGCUGAAAUGUUAAAGCGUCAUAUGGGUGAAGAUCACUUGAUAUUUGCACCUUAUAAUGUUGGUGCUCUUGUCACCUAUCGCGCAGAGAGGGGAGUGCAGCCCUCUAGUACAAAGAUGAGUCAAACAAAAUGGGUUACUGUACAGUGUCCUAAGCAAACAAAUAAUGAUGACUGUGGAUAUUAUGCGUGUCUAUUCAUUGGGGAUGCUUUGCACCAUGGACAAACUUACUUUCCAGAGGUGCAGAUGCCAACAUUUCUUGACAACAAAAUUUGUCAAUUGUAA